AUAUAAAUACUGCGGUUUUCACAGCCAAAUUUCAAUUUUGCAUCAGUAAAUCUAUCAAUUUCUUAAAAAUUCACUCAAAUAUACAGAAUCAGUCUCGAAAAUGCCCAACUACGAAGAAAUUUCACGUCGUGCCGAGGCCGACCUCAACACGUAUCAGUCCAAGACUGGAAACGCUCGUCCCCUAGGCUUGGAUGACGCCGGUGUCAAUUCUUAUGCGGAAAAAAAGUUUGACUCUGCCGGAGUUACCUACGGGGAUGAUUUGAGCACAAACAGAGGCUACAACAAGCGCAUCCCUCCGAGUGAGGGAGGAGAUCUUGAUGCUCGCGGAAGACAAGCUACAGGAAAUCUUUACGAAGGUCAAGGAGGACCGGACGAUAAGAUUGCUGAAUCAUACCGUCAGCAAGGCGGCCAAAAUGACAUCGAUAUUGUAGACGCACGAGUGUCCGACACUGGGGGUCUUGGCAGCGCCAACGACAUUGCGACUCAGGGAAAGAUUGCUUCCAAGGCAAACGUAGGAAGAAACCCUCCGGGAGCUGGAGGAUCGCAAUUCAAGGGCAGCGAGUAUUACACUCCUGAGAGCGUGCCUGAUAGUAUCUCUGCGGAGGGAUGGGUAGCACCAGAGAGUGUGACUGAGGCGAGUCGGGAGACGGAAGGGUAUUCGCAGCGAUGA